UACUUUUUCUGUCUGUCUGUAUCAGGUGGUAUUGUUUUCCCCGUGUUUAGUAAUAUCUUCGUACACAUAAUUUUAUGCCAGAAAUAUAAAAUAUUCAUUAUAAAAAUUCUAUUCAAAUUUCAUUAAGUUUCGAUGUUGGUUGUCUGUAGGUCAAUAUAUGUUCUUGCGGGUAUUGACAUCACAUGUUAAGGCUAUGCUUCUAACAAAACUUUCUCUACAGAAAUUUUUUACCAAGAGUUUAAUUACUGGUGGCUAUUUAGGAUAUUUUGGUUGUGUUGUGUAUUGUACUUUAGAAUUUCUUGGCGACUUUGUCAUCUGUCAAGGACCAUCCAUGGAACCUACUUUAUUUUCCAAUGACAUAGUGUUGACAGAACAUAUAUCCAUAAUAAGGAAAAAUAUCAACAGGGGAGAUAUAAUUGUUUCGCGAUCACCUUCCAACCCAAAACUUUUCAUUUGCAAGCGUGUAAAAGCUAUCCCUGGUGAUAAAGUUCAUAGAGGAUUUGUUACUCAAGUUGUACCUCAGGGUCACGUGUGGUUAGAAGGGGAUAACAGACAUAAUUCUACAGACUCCAGGACUUAUGGGCCAGUACCCAUUGGCUUGUUACGCAGUCGUGCAGUAUGCAGAAUUUUUCCUUUUGAGAAAGCAAAAAUUUUCACCAGGACGUGACACAUGUAGUGGUAUUGAAAUUAAUCAAAUAAAAAAAAUAUGUUUUUAGAGUACAAAAUGUAAUAGAUUAUGUAAUCUACCAGAUAUAGUUCAUUUGUUUAUGUUUUGAUCAUUUAACUUUUAUUUACAACUUUGUGACUUGAUUACAAAUGUGCAAGUAUUCAUUGUUAUUGUGACUGCAGAAGUUGAAAAUAAAUAUAAAGAUGCUGAUUCAAGGGUUAAAUAAUAA